AUGAAGGCCACCGCAUCCCAAGAGCUCAAGAGAGUCAGCCCGCGCACCAACAAGGGCAUCUUCACCUCUACCAAGCUAGACCAGGAGCAAACCCCCCUGCCAAGAAAGAGCAGCAAGAGCAAGAGCCAGGGCAAGGCCGGCAAGAAGGCCCCACCGACCAAGACCGCCCCCAAAGCCAUCCAGAAAGCCACGGCCCCCAAGAACGCGGCCCCUUCACCCCCUCCCCACCGCAGCAGAGCAGCCCGCGCGGCCGACCGCGCCGCGCCCGCUCGCGCCGCCGCUGUCCGCAAGUCCGUCAAGCUCGCGGGGUCUAGGCCGUCGUCGGCCGGUUCCGACGAGGGGGAUGCGCGGGAGUCCGACUGGCGUUCUGGAACGCUUGGGAUGGUGGAGAUUCGAGCUGGGAGGUGGGCCAGGGGAUGGGGGGAGGCUCGGGAUCCUAGGACGGUGGUGGAUGGGUAUGUGGGAUUAUUUCCCGCGGUGGUGGUAAUAUGGGACUUUCGUUGA